AUGGUGGAAGAAGGAGAUUCUCGAUCGAGAAUAACAUCGACGAAAGCAGAGUGCAAUGAUAAAAUAAAUUCACGAUUAAUAUCGGAUGAUGAUACGGAAAGGAAUAAUUCGGGGAAAAAUGUCAAAACGGUUUUGACGACAAACAAGCAAAAAAAUUUUGUGUGUUCGGAAUGUGGUAAAGUGUUUAACGCUCAUUAUAAUUUAACGAGGCACAUGCCUGUACAUACAGGUGCAAGACCUUUCAUAUGUAAAAUAUGCGGUAAAGGUUUUCGUCAAGCGUCUACUUUGUGCAGGCAUAAGAUAAUACACACGUCGGAAAAACCUCACAAGUGUUUAACGUGCGGUAAAGCUUUCAAUAGGAGUUCGACGUUAAACACCCACACACGAAUACACGCCGGUUAUAAACCUUUCGUGUGCGAACUUUGCGGAAAAGGUUUUCACCAAAAGGGAAAUUAUAAAAAUCACAAAUUGACACACAGCACGGAAAAAGCAUAUAAGUGUAACGUUUGUUCUAAAGCUUUUCAUCAAGUGUAUAAUUUGACUUUUCACAUGCACACGCACAAUGAAAAAAAACCAUACACGUGUAAAAUAUGCAGAAAAGGUUUCUGUAGGAAUUUCGAUUUGAAAAAACACGUUCGUAAAUUACACGAAAAUUCUUAUUCGAAUCAUAAAUCUCAUCAGUCGUCGUCAUCGUCAUCGUCGUUAAACAAUAACGGUACGACAAACAACAACCACAACAAUAAUACAAACGGUGGUAGUUAUUAUAAUGUUUCCGCUGCGGAAAAUUCAUCAUCUCUUUUUGCACCUUUUCUCUUACAACCUUCAGCUCCUUUUUAUUUUGCCAAAAUGAUGUGA